AAAGCCAUGGCAGAAGCAGAGCUGAAUAGCAGAGAAAAGAGAUGGUCUCUCAAGGGAAUGACUGCUGUUGUCACCGGGGGAACAAGAGGCAUAGGGCAUGCUAUAGUAGAAGAAUUAGCAGGAUUUGAAGUGGCAGUGCACACGUGUUCACGCAAUCAAAAAGAGCUUGAUCAAUGUUUACAGGAAUGGAAAAACAAAGGUUUCAAAGUAACUGGGUCUGUCUGCGACGUAUCUCAUCGAGACCAAAGGGAGAAACUCAUGCAGACUGUCUCCUCCAUCUUUACUGGAAAACUCAACAUUCUUGUAAGUUUUAAUUUUUCAUUUUUUAAGCUUUUUAUUAAUUCAAUAGACUCUGUAAAUCUAGCUAAAGACGCAGUGGAGAUAAGUCCUGAAGACAUAUCCUUCGUAAUGGGAAUCAAUUUUGAGUCUUGUUAUCAUCUGUGUCAACUUUCACACCCUCUCUUAAAGGCAUCAGGAAAUGGAAGCGUUAUCAAUAUUGCUUCCAUUGCAAGCAUUGUUGCUACUUCUCAAUCUGCUAUCUAUGCAGCUUCUAAAGGAGCAUUGAAUCAAAUCACCAAAAACCUGGCAUGUGAGUGGGCAAAGGACAUGAUUCGCGUUAAUGCAAUUUCACCAGGGCUAAUUAAAACCCCAUUCGUGGAAAAUCUAACGGAAAGUCCUGAACUGGCUGAUUAUAUAUAUCGAUUACUUUGUAGAAUCCCUAUGUCUCGGUUUGGAAAGCCUAAUGAGAUUUCAUCAAUGGUGGCAUUCCUUUGCUUCCCUACUGCUUCCUAUAUAACUGGUCAGGUUAUUACUGUUGAUGGAGGAUUUACUGUGAAUGGAUUUUGCCUUCCAAAUAAUAAAAUUAGAUAAAUCUUUCUAAUUUGUAAAGAAACCGGAUACUUUCUAAAUAAUUAAGGUUUCAAUUUGGAAUGCAAUCAAAUCGUAAUUUUUUAAUUGUACAUCAUUAAUUAAUUUUAUUAUCUCGUUGCUUA